AUGUUCUCCACGCACCUGCAGCAGUUCGUUUUGAAGUGUUUCCUUGUUGUGGCGUCGGUUCCGAUCGCGCAGGGAGCAAGCUUCCCUCGGCCGCCCUCCUCAGGUGAACUGGACCAGGACGUGCUCCUCCAACACAUGUCCAAAUUGCAUGAGAGAUGCAACAAGGAGCAGCGUCUCAAAGAAGGCAACACUGCCAGGAGCUUCAGAGCAAGCCAAGUGCCCUCUGACCUUAGGACAGUCUACCAUCUAAACCUCACAACCCUGCAGGACUCUGAGGUCAUCCUGUCAGCCACAUUCCACUUCCUGCUAGGACGGCUCCCUCCCCAAAAAGCGUGGAUCUGUAAACGCUUCAAGAGCGCAUCCUGCCGGUCCUCGGCCACGCAGCCCUCUCCGCUCGUCAGCCUACUCCUUCGUGCUGUCUCCUCAGGGUCGGGAGUCAGUUCUGGGUCAUCCGGGUCGUUCCUAGCCAAUGUGACCUUCCACCCCAACAGGAGAGGGGUGUGGCAGAUGAAAGACGUGACCCAGGUCAUACAGGAGGCGAGGGAUAAGGGUCACCGCCUGGUGUCAGUGGAGUUGGACUUAGGGCAGCAUUACAAAGCAGAGGACUCAGGCUACCUGUUAGUCUACGCAGAUGACCUUGCCUUGGCAGAACCUAACAGCGUGUACCCAAGUCUUCAGAGAUACGACCCGUUUUCUGAGAGUGGCGAGUCCUUGCAGUCCCCCGACCUCAUGUACGGACCCAAUUUCUCACCACAGUUUAAAGGACGUGUAAGGAGGGAAGCUACUUCUCUCCCAGACUCCAUCCAGAACAAUGAGCUGCCCGAGGUUGACUACAGAACUGAUGGAUACAGGAAGGACGACCUUUGGGAGAGCUCAUGGUAUCCGGUCCUCAAAGCCAAACCGAAGGCUGGGAAGCAGGAAAAGAAACGGAAAAGCCACGAGGAUGGGGGCAAGCAAAGUAGAGGUGGACAUGAUAAAGACGAAUCAACACAAAGAACAUCAGACAGGUCUAAAUUUGAAGCCUCAUCUGUGAGAAGAUACAAAGAGGUGGAUAGUCAAAGACAAGCGCAGAAACAUGAGGUGAAGAAUGUAAGGAAGCACAAUAAGGCAAGUGUUCAUCACUCCCGCUCACCUCUUUUGAAUUUUGAUGAUGAGACCAUGCGCAAGGCCAGAAGAAAACAAUGGGCAGACACUCGGCACCACGGGUGCUCCAGAAAGAACCUCCGGGUGGAUUUCGCAGACAUCGGCUGGAGCGAGUGGAUCGUCGCACCCAAGGCUUUUGACGCCUACUACUGCUCAGGCACAUGUGGAUUCCCAAUGCCCAAGGUGGUGAGGCCCUCAAACCACGCCACCAUCCAAAGCAUAGUCCGAGCAGUCGGGAUUAUUUCCGGGGUUCCAGAGCCUUGCUGUGUACCGGAGAGGAUGAGUCCUUUGGCAGUACUUUACCGAGAAGAAUCCAAGGAUCUGGUGCUCAAGAUGUACCCCGAUAUGUCUGUCCAGUCCUGCUCCUGCAGAUGAAAUGAUGACAGCGAAGGCAAAGGACAGAACAAGCCUGAUGCAGAGUGAAACAAAAAAAGACUUAUGGACAAUGAAAAAUAACUUUUAGUCGUUCUACGUUUUCUGUGGAGACAACAUUUUCAGGAAAGAAUCAUUGUCCCAGUAAUGUUCAUAAUGAUAACUUAAACAGCAAUUUCUCUAUUUAUACUUGUCACAUCUGGAAAUCCUUCUGAGCACGUUCCCUCUCAUAACACCUUUAAAGUAUUACAAUGAAAACAGGAUUUUUUUUUUCAGUAAUAAGGCUAUAAGCUACUGUUUUAGAUGUGUCUUUGUACAUAUGUGUUUAAAUUAUGAAAAGGUCAAAGGUAGCUGUCUAUAAAGUAGAAUAAAAAUAGUAAUUUAAUCCAACACUAGUAUAUAUUUUAAAAAACAUUUUUAUCUGUGUUAUUCUUUGUUCUAUGCUUGGUUUGUGGAGGAGGGUGGGGUGGGUUGUUUAAACAAACCUAGUAGGCAAGCACCACUGUUCAAAAAGAAGCAACUACAAAGGCAGGAAGAUUCCACUCCAAGAUACCUUCCCCCCAGCCUCCAGAAGCCCCUUGACCUAUUAUUGCCUUCUCCCCCCCCACUAAAGGCUGCAACGUUUGUUGUCCACCAAAUAACGUGACUGAUGUGGCCGUGGUGGAUUAAUGGUUAAUGGAGGAAACCGCCAUGCGCUAAUUAAGACGUCGGACCCUUGAACUUCAAAACCCAGGAAUCACCCCCCUUAGACCUAAAUACAGGAUGUUCUUCUCAAAGGACUAUCUGCAAAAAAAAUCUUGAGAAUUGGUGUUUUUAAGAGGGAGUCUUGGUGUCUGAAACCAACAAUGAAAUGACAGAGGGGACCGCUUGAUUAUUCAACAAUUAUUACACUGCGGUCGCUUUGCCGUCGGUGUACAAAAGUUGGCAAUGAGUUUCACAUCUGUUUGUAACAACAGAGUACUUUGAAGUUUGCCUUUGCCUACAGUGGAUGGUCAUUUAGUCUCCAAAAGACAUUUCCUAAGCACUUGGGGACAGACAUUUGUGUUGACUGCAGUCAAGUGUGCAUGGGCGUAUCUGAGUGCUGUUUUGCCAGCAACAUUAACUGCUGUCAUCCCAAAACACAAACUGUUGUGUAUCACUUUGUGGAAUGUUUUUUAACAAUCUCCUAUACAGUGUUUGUUUUACUGUCCAAUAUGAGUUGCUGUGGUUUUUAAUAUAAAAUUGGACAACAAGAACUUUUAGGAAAUCCAUGCAAAUACCAUAAAAAAAACUCUAACGUCUGUGUACAUUUAUUUCUGAUACUAAGUACUGCUCCAGUACUAACUUUACACGAAAGAAAAACAAAGCAAAUAUGUGUUCUGUGUCAUUUCAUGAUGUAUAGAUUUAACUAUACAUGGUGUUGUGUCCGUGUUUUAAAUGUAUUUUAAUAUACCGGAAUAAAAAUGUAUGUAUUUUA